CAAAACAGGUUCUGUGCUCGUUUGGGGAGGACUCUGGCAGCCCCACCCAGCUGCCCCUCCCAGGGGUGGGGCUCGGACUGCACACAGUCUCCUGGGGGCCUCGCCUGCAAGCGACCAUGGAGGACUGCUGGGACUCCCAGCAAAGGGGCACCGGGACUCUGUGGGGGAGCAUCACACGCUGGGAAGAGUAGACCGCCAGCCUCAAGAGCCUCCUGAAGAGGAAGAAGAGCCAGCCCAGCCCUUCCUUCUCGUGCCUGAGCGAGUGCAGCAGCGUUUCCGUCGCCUUUGCCGUGCCCGCUCCUGGACUAGGACCGGACUUCCAGCAGGACUGCUCCCCAGGGGAUGGGCAGCGGGUGAAGCGGGUCUCACUGCCGGGCCCCAGCAGGCCACAUCAUGAACCUCCAGGCCCAGCCCAAGGCUCAGGGCAAGCGGAAGCGUUGCCUCUUCUUCAGUGACCAGGAGUCGGCGUCCAAGGAGCAGCCCGCAGGCCCUCCACAGGCCGCCAGAGUGAAGGAGGAGCCAUAUUUUGGACACGAGGGUCCGUCCGGAGGCAUCCCCACCUCCCAGCCAGUGGAGCUGCCCCCGCCCAACAGCCUGGCCCUGCUGAACUCCGUGGUGUAUGGGACGGAGCACACCACAGCAGCUAUGCUGUCCCAGCAGGUGGGCCCCAUCACGUGGUCCAACCCUGUGAUGGCCCCAGGGCGGGGGACCCCAGAGCGGGGCGGGGGAGUCAGUGACAGUGGCUGGCAGCAGCAGCCCGGCCAGCCUCCACCCCCCUCCACGUGGAGCCGCCACGGCCUUCCUCUCUACAGCGGACCCAAGGGGAACCCUCACGCCGGCGUGGGGCUCUCCACCUACUAUAGCCACGCUGAGGCGCUGAAGCGCGAGAAAGUGGGGGCCCCGCAGCUGGACCGUUACAGGAACGCUGUGCAGCCGAUGAUGUCGCAGAAGGUGCAGCUGGAGGUGGGGCGACCCCAGGCCCCCCUGAACUCUUUCCAUACGGCCAAGAAGCCCCCAAACCAGACACUGCCUCUGCAACCCUUCCAGCUGGCCUUUGGCCACCAGGUGAAUCGGCAGGUCUUCCGGCAGGGUCCUCCGCCCCCCAACCCCGUUGCGGGGUACCCCCCGCAGCAGCAGCAGCAGCAGCAGCAGCAGGCCUCCCUGCCCCAGAUGCAGCUCUUCGAGAACUUCUACCCCAUGCAGCAACCGCCCUCCCAGCCCCCCCAGGACUUUGGCCUGCAGCCAGCCGGGCCCCUGGGGCAGUCCCACUUGGCUCACCACAGCCUGGCCUCGUACUCCUUCCCCCCGAACCCCGAUAUGAACCCAGAACUGCGCAAGGCCCUCCUGCAGGAGUCGGCACCCCAGUCUGUGCUACCUCAGGCCCAGAUCGCCUUCCCCCGCCGCUCCCGCCGCCUCUCCAAGGAGGGCGUCCUGCCCCCCACUGCCCUGGAUGGAGCUGGCACCCAGCCUGGGCAGGACCCCGCCAGCAGCCUGUUCCUACAUCACUGGCCCCUGCAGCAGCAGCCCGCGGGCCCCCUGGGCCAGCCCCAUCCUGAAGCCCUGGGGCUCCCGCUGGAGCUGAGGGAGUCACAGCUGCUGCCAGACGGAGAGAGACUGGCACCCAAUGGUCGGGAUCGGGAGGCCCCUUCCAUGAGCACCGACGAGGCCAUGCGGGCAAUGGGCCCCGGGGACUAUGGGCAGGUGCUACGCGGUGGGGUGAUCCAGAGCACUCGACGUCGACGCCGGGCCUCCCAGGAAGCCAACUUGCUCACCCUGGCCCAGAAGGCGGUAGAGCUGGCCUCCAUGCAGAACGCCAAGGAGACGAAUGGCUCUGAGGAGAAGAGGAAAAGUGUGCUGACCUCAACUACCAAGUGUGGGGGGGCGUUUUCUGAGCCUUCUUUGGCCGCCAAGCGAGCCCGAGAGGACAGCGGGAUGGCGCCCCUCAUCAUCCCAGUGUCUGUGCCUGUGCGGACUGUGGACCCAGCGGAGGCGGCCCAGGCCGGAGGGCUGGACGAGGACGGCCAGGGGCUGGAGCAGAACCCGUCCGAGCACAAGCCGUCCGUCAUCGUCACCCGCAGGCGCGCCAACCGGAUCCCCGGGACUGAGGCCCCAGCUCAGGCUGAGGACAUGAUUGCCAAGGUGGAGGGGGAGCAGCCUGCCGUGCGGAAACCGAAGCAGCGGCCGAGGCCCGAGCCCCUGAUCAUCCCCACCAAGGCGGGCACCUUCAUCGCCCCACCUGUCUACUCCAACAUCACGCCGUACCAGAGCCACCUGCGCUCGCCUGUCCGUCUGGCUGAUCACCCGUCGGAGCGGAGCUUUGAGCUGCCCCCUUACACACCGCCACCCAUCCUCAGCCCCGUGCGGGAAGGCUCCGGCCUCUACUUCAAUGCCAUCAUGUCAACCAGCACCAUCCCCGCCCCUCCUCCCAUCACGCCGAAGAGUGCCCACCGGACCUUGCUCCGCUCUAAUAGUGCUGAGGUCACCCCGCCUGUCCUCUCUGUGAUGGGGGAGGCCACCCCAGUCAGCAUUGAACCGCGGAUCAACGUGGGCUCCCGAUUCCAAGCGGAAAUCCCUGCCCUGAGGGAUCGCUCCCUGGCAGCUGCAGACCCCCACAAGGCCGACUUGGUAUGGCAUCCAUGGGAGAACCUGGAGAGCAGCUGGGAGAAGCAGAGGCAAGUGGAAGACUUGCUCACAGCUGCCUGCUCCAGCAUUUUCCCCGGAGCUGGCACCAACCAGGAGCUGGCCCUGCACUAUCUGCACGAGUCCAGGGGAGACAUCCUGGAAACGCUGAAUAAGCUACUACUGACGAAGCCCCUGAGGCCCCACCACCACCCACUGGCAACUUAUCACUACACAGGCUCUGACCAGUGGAAGAUGGCCGAGCGGAAGCUGUUCAACAAGGGCAUUGCCAUCUACAAGAAGGAUUUCUUCAUGGUGCAGAAGCUGAUCGAGACCAAGACUGUGGCCCAGUGCGUGGAGUUCUACUAUACCUACAAGAAGCAGGUGAAAAUCGGCCGCAAUGGGACGCUGACCUUCGGGGAUGUGGAUACAAGCGAUGAGAAGUCAGCCCAGGAGGAUGUUGAAGUGGACAUUAAGACUUCCCAGAAGUUCCCAAGGGUGCCUCCUCCCAGAAGAGAGUCCCCAGGUGAAGAGAGGCUGGAGCCCAAGAGGGAGGUGAAGGAGACCAGGAAGGAGGGGGAGGAAUUGAUGCCUGAGAUCCAGGAGAAGGGGGAGCAGGAAGAGGGGAGAGAGCGGAGCCGGAGGGCUGCGGCCGUCAAAGCCACCCAGACACUACAGGCCAAUGAGUCGGCCAAUGACAUCCUCAUCCUGCGGAGCCACGAGCCCAACGCCCCCGGCUCGGCGGCCGGCCAGGCCUUGGAGAAGCCCAGGGAGGGGCCAGGAAAGUCACGGAGGGCACUGUCGUUCUCGGAGAAGAAGAAGAAAGUGGAGACGUUUAAUAAGACCCAGAACCAGGAGAACACGUUCCCCUGUAAAAAGUGCGGCAGGGUGUUUUUCAAGGUGAAGAGCCGCAGCGCCCACAUGAAGAGCCACGCGGAGCAGGAGAAGAAGGCCGCGGCGCUGAGGCAGAAGGAGAAGGAGGCGGCCGCCGCCGCGGCCCUGGCGGCCGCCGCCCACCAGCAGGCCCUGCGGGAGGAGAGCGGGGCUGGCGAGAAGGGCUGAGAGGCGGGGCCGGUUCCGUUCGGUCGGGCUCGGGCCGGCAGCCGGAGGGGCUGCCCCGGCAUCCCCGGGGGUGUGGGACGAGAACCACACGGACGUCCCGCCGACGAACCAACCAGACAGUAAAAUAAACGGCUCUCUUUGUUGAUCAAGGCCCCGGGAGCAGUGUUCACAGGCAGCGGGUGCCAGGGCGCUCGCAUUCUGUCCGUCUGCCUGUCUGUCUGCAAGUUGCCCUCGGACCUUUGUGGAAGGCCCUGCGCGGGCCAGACGGCCACCGCUGCCUCUUCCCGGCCUCGGCCUCCAGGCUGUGGCCCCCGAGAGCCAAGCACAAGCUCACCCCAUGACAGCAUCCCUCCUACUCCCCCCUCCCAAACUCUGGAACAAGGGACUCCCCCGAGAGGGGGCUCGGCCGUGGUACCUGUGGCCCCCAACACAACAUCCAGGCCGCCCAAGCUGCUCCAGGGACCCUGUCCUCAGAGAGGCCACCUCCUGGGCAAGGAGGCCACCGGGAUGCCACCUGGGAGCCUGAGGACAGGUACCUCUCCCUUUGCUGCUUCCUGGAAAGGGGUGGGGUCGGGCAGGGGACUAGCUUCUCCUGUCCCAGCCCGGCGACUCAGGGCUCAGCCUGCUGGAGGAGGGGAACUGCCCAGGCCGUCACCAAAGGGGUCACCCAGCCCAGAUCUCCUGCUUCUUCCUCCUCGCCAAAUGCCUUCAGGCCCUGGAGGCUCCAAGGGGCUUAGCCCUGGGGAGGCCCAAAGAGGGGGUCCCCAGCUUGAGCCUCCUUGUGGGGCUCCCAGCCUGCCUCUCAGCCGCUGCUCUGGGUCCCACCCUUUCCAGUGCUGAUGCCCCCAGCCCCCCAGUCCCUCACGCUGGAGAUUUCUGGAUCCUUCCCUGAAAGGGUGUGUGCGUGUGGAGGGAGGGGGCGUUGUCUCCGAACCAGAAUGGAAGGGAGUCUUCAUUCCUUGACUCCUGUCGUAUGGGAGCUAUUUAUUUAUUCUUAAUAUUUAAUUUUUUAACAUCCUCUCAGGGACCAGGAGCCUCCUGCUUUCCAGAGGCCCAAGUGCAUUUUUCCCAAAACAAGGCACCUCCAUGCCCUCCCCCUCACCCCCGCGGCUCUCUCCCCUAAGGCUCAAAGGUGCCCCCACCUGGUUGCUCUGAAAGCUCUUGUUAGCACUGAAAGGAGGUGGCAGCAGGGAGGGCAUCACUGGAGCCACCCAGAAACUAGCAGGCGGGGCGACCAAAGGCGGGUUUUGUUAGCUACCUCUCCUCAGGCAGACUUGCACAUCACCUGAGGGGCUUGGCUGGGGGCCAGGAUCCCAGUUCUGUUUAUCAGCUCUGGGCCCUGGCCGCAAGAAGUGGGAUUUGCCUCUGAAGCAAAGGGUUGGAAGAUUAUGGAGUCCUCUGUGCUUGCCAGCCCGAGAAGGGCCGAGUGAGUUUUCUGAUCUUGUUAUUCCAUGUCAUUCGUUUAAACGAAGUUCUAACAAGUCAACAAGGUAGCAGGGAGCCAGAAAGCAGUCUCGCCGCUGGAGCUCUGGGGCAGCUGCCAGGCAUCAGGUUGGCAGGGAAUGGGAUUAGGCUUGGCAGGGGCAGGGGAUUGAACUAUUCACCAUCAGGUUUGUUUGUUUUUUUCAGCGUUUGUGUAUGCAUGAAUGUGGCUUGACAGGACCCCAAGUAUGGGGGAGCAAGAUGAUUCUCCCUGUCCAGGACGCCUACCCUGCUCUCUGCCCUCUCAGUUGCUUUCUACAUAGCCUUCAGCCAGCUCAGUGUCCCAAGAUGGCAGAAAUCUGGUUUCUCUCUAGAAGCAGGAGGGUAGCAAAUUUAGGCUCUCUUUCAAUCACUUGUGUAACAUGAGUGCCUUCACAGCUUCGCCCCAAAGUGCUACUUAGAUUUCCCAAUAUAUGUAUUUUUUGCCUAUUUAAACUGUAUUUUAUUUUAGGCCCCUUUAUGGACAUGUGGUCACAGAAACCUCCUCCAUUCCUGGGAGGCGCUUCUAUUCAGUGGUAGGUAGCUUCCAGUACUUGCAAGAAACCUCUUUUAAUAAGAAAGUGAUUCUCUUCUCCUGAGAGUCUGGAAGCCAGACCAGGUGAAUAUACAUGGGGACAGUCAAGAGAGUGCCCACCUGUAUUUCGUCCUCCAGCAGCCUGCCUACCAGAUGCCUGGGUCUUAGCUGCAGCUGGGAGAUUUAGCUAGAAUGCAGUGUGAAAAUGAAAAUGUUCAGAGGGCAGAUGCAAUUAUGGUAAGGGACCUGCAAAGAAAGUAGGUGCAGGCGUAGAAGCUGGCCUAGGUAGAGAUCCUUCAUGGUGCUUUUCUCUCUGAACACAUCGCGCUCGGCUCUCUCUCCUCCUUUUCCUCAGAGCUCUUUGCUAAGGGAGUUUGAUGACAACCCCCACCCCACUCCCAGCCUCCAUCUGCACUCAGCUAAGGGCAUGAAACUAACCCAGUGCCUGUGUCCCAGACCAUGUCCGAAGUCUCGUACCCACCCAGCCAAGGAGAUGGUGCUACCUGCACCAGCCUCCAUGCCUUCAGCAGCACCCUCCCCACCCCAGCUAAAGUACAUGCCUGCCCUUCUGCCGCUGUGCUUAGUGAGGUCCUCCCCUGGCACAGAGGUCGUGUGCUGCUUCUGUCCAAAGGGAUCUCCUAUUGUAACUGCCUCAGUGACCCAAACUCUUCUCAUGUGCCAGAUGUUCAGAUGAACGAGGGAGGGGUACCACACAUCCUCCGGCCUCAGUGGUCUGUGUGCUCACUGGGGCUUACUUUUCUGGGUCGGUAUUUAUUACCAAAUAGGCAAGCCUAACUUCUUAGGUUUACAGAAAGUAUACAUAUUUUUAUAAGAAAAAACAACCAAUUCUGUGCCCUCCCCACAUUUUGCUGUGUUAAUAAGAUUUGCCUUUAACACAAUUCACAGCUGUGUCGUCUUUUCCUCAUUAGUCUUUAGGUGGAAGGCCUUGUUGGAGGGGACAGAGCACAGGAACAGCCUUGAUAUCCUGUAAUUAUUGUGUAAAUAUUUUAAUAGCAUAUAAAGAAGUAUAUUCCUUUUAUUUUGAAAAAAAAAUCAGACACUGCCUUUGUGUGUUUGCUGCCUGUGGCCCCCUUUUUAAAAGACUGUUACAUAUUACAAUAGUGUACAUAUAUAUCUAUAAAUAAUACCUCCUUUGCUGUACAGUUGUGAUAGACCAGACUAAAGAUUUUAUUUUUUGUGUGCUUUUUAUAAAAAAGGAAAAAUUAAUACACUAAAGAAAAUCUUGCUGAUGUGAUUGUAAUGUACUUAUGUAACUUAUUUACUUUCGAAUGCCCCUCUAUAUCUUUAAACCUUUUAUUAAAUAAGGUUUUAAAAACUCA